GCAUCAGAUCAGUCUCAGUCAGUUACUCAUCUCUGCUGAGUGAACUGCUGAAUCCUCAGUGCUGACGUACUGUUGCUGCUGCACCUAGCCACAGUCUGGACCCUAAACCUUCAUCUACCGUCGACGCCGUCCUCAUUUGGAUGGCUCAACUUCUUCUGCAGCCGUGGAACACUAACAGAUAAAUCUUUGAACCUCAAAGAAACAAUUCACAAUUAAAAUGAGCUGGUAUACUAGCCUCAUUUCUAGACAUCCUGUGGUGAUUCUUGUGGCAGUUGCUGUCUUCUCUGUCUCUUGCAUUAUCAUAUCCCUUACAACAAUCAAGCUCCCAAAUUUUUCGGAUCCACAGUUGGGCUUUGAAGCUCGGGGAACAUUGAUAUCAACAAGACUGACGGCUUGGCAAAACUUGUUGGAAGCGACCCGACCCUCAGGACCCUUGACAAAUAACCCUCUUGGAGACAGGAUUGUGGAAGAGGAAGAGAGGAAGAAGAAAGAGAAGAAAGAAAAGGAAAAGAAAAGGAAAGAGGAGAAGCAGGACAAACAAACUCUUCAUGACCAAGUAUUUCAUUCUAAGGGAUUAAUGACCGGGUCAGUGAAAGACUUUGCUAACAAAGCAACUAACAGCAUAUCCUCUGUUAACGUACACGAGUCUUCAACAAGAAGUAGGAAACAUUACGUAGGAGACAACAAUAUCACAGUGAUUGUUGUUGAUGAAGAGGAUCGUAAUUCAAGUAGAAUAAAUAACAAUUGGCUGGAACUCAAGAAACUAAAUGCACCUUUGGAGGUAAAAAACUUUGACGAUUUUGAUGAAGAGGUCCUCGAUAAUCACUUUCAUGACGAUCACAAUCAUCUUGGUGAAGACGGGUUUUUUUGCAGCUCAGGACCAGGGCCAGAGUAUUCCCGGGUGGUUGUGUCUGCUAGAGGAGACGUAGACCUGAUGACAGAGAAGGCUCUUAAGCAGGUUUGCCAACUGGAGCAAUAUCUCACCAGCCGUCCAGGCUACAAUGACGUGUGUGAGAACAUGCGCAGAGGCCAGUGUUGCCAACCUUGGUCACUGCCUAACUACAUUGCCAUGCUGCAUAACCACUCAUCGUGCUUCAACAUUACGGAGGAAGAUGUAAAAGAGACUCGGGAGCUGAUAGAGAACUGUUCUCACUUGUACUACAGUCUUCGGCUGCUCCCAGACAUGGUCAGCAAGGAGCUGCCGCUCGCUUGUCGUAGACACAACGCUGUGUACAGCCUGAUGCAUUACAUUCUGGACAUGUCGUUUAUGCCUCCUAAUAGUAAUGAGUCUGGUGUUUUGAGAAAUACUGUGUUAUUCCUACCGAUGGCUCGCAGCUCGGCAGUUUUGGAAUAUUACAACAUAUUAGAAGGCAAAAACUUACAGAUUGGGGACGUCUAUGUCUCGGCUAUUGAUUUUGGUCUGAAGAACACGCUGUUUGACGAGUACCUGAUGCGCGACAUGUGGCUGAUUGCUAUGGGAGCCGUGUUUGUGCUCGGCUGUAUGUGGGUUUACACCGGUUCUUUUUUCAUCACCGUCAUGACCAUCAUUGCUAUCGCUUUCUCACUCGGAGUCGCCUAUUUCAUCUACACUCUCAUCUUCGAGCUACAUUUUUUCCCUUUUAUGAAUCUGCUUGCUUCGAUCGUCGCUGUCGGUAUCGGUGCAGACGACGCCUUCAUCCUGACCAAGAUGUGGCAGUGCACCAAGGCAGAAUCCUGCAACCUCACGAUACAUAGACUAGUGCAAGUGACGAUGAAGCAUUCCACCCUAUCUAUGUUUGUGACUACUGUCACCACAGCGGCUGCCUUCUUCUCGUCCUACGUCAGUGCGGUUACAGCUAUCCGCUGUUUUAGUGUGUUCGCAGGACUAGCUGUUCUAGUGAACUACGCCCUCAUGAUCACAUGGUUGCCUGCCUCCAUAGUUCUGUCAGAGAGAGUGUGCUGGGCCCCCCUCCCCUACCUCACUACGCUACCUCUCAAUCUUCUUGAGUCUGUCGGAUCCUCAUUAAACAACCUGGUGGUCGUGUCUGUGAUGAACCUCCGCUAUUUGUGGUUGUGUUUGUUGACUGCCGUUGCCAUCGCCAGUAUUUCCGUCGUCUUUUACUGGCCUAGGCUGAGACUCCCCGACUCUGCAGACUUUCAACUCUUUGCCGCCAGCCACCCUUUUGAACAAUACGACUACAUCUACAAGAACAAGUUUUGGUUCGAAAAACCUCAAAAGGUUGAAACUGGGGAGAACAACGCUCUAAUGCCUCUGAGGUUUGUGUGGGGAGUUGUCCCCGAGGACAACGGGGAUCAUCUGGACCCAGCAUCCCGCGGGACUCUUCAGAUAGAUUUCACCUUUGACAUGGCUGCCCCGGACUCCCAGGCGUUUCUUAUGAAAUUCUGCCACAACCUGAGGGUGCAGCCGUUUUUCCAAGCUACGCCGGGGCUGUUUCUACCAAACUGUUUUAUCGAGACCUUUGUUGACUGGAUGAACCAGCGUUGCCAUGACCCUGUGGACCCAAAGAAAAGCAGAGUUCCGUGCUGCGAGUCGGCCAAGUUCCCGUUUGAGAGGAAGGUGUUCAACCAAUGCCUCCCGCAAGCGAUUCACUCCCUCCUGCGAACACCCCAGAACUUGGUCGUUCCGGGGGUGGCAGGGCCGAGGUUUCAGCGAACCGGUUCCAAGAAGUCGCCCAGAGUAAGGGCUGUUGUGAUAGAAUACGACAGCAACCUGGUGCAUUCGACUUCGUACUCGGAAAUGGAUUUGUUCUUUAAAGAGGUGGAGGCAUGGAGCCAGAAAGAAAUGGCCAAGGCUCCUCCGGGAAUGAGAAAUGGGUUUUUCGUCAGUCAGCUAGCAUUUUACGAUUUACAACACACAUUAGCCAGAGACACAGUUCUCGCCAUCGCCGUGUCUCUCGCAGUCUCCCUGGUGGUUCUGUUGAUUGUCACAUUGAAUGUUCUCGUCAGUCUGUUUGCCAUCCUCUCCAUCACUUGUAUCAUAUUUGUCACCGUUGCCGUCCUCGUUCUCAUCGGAUGGAAACUAAAUGUGCUUGAGUCUGUGGCGAUAUCCGUCGCGAUUGGAUUGGCUGUCGAUUUCAGCCUUCACUACGCCGUUACGUACAGAUCUUGCAAAGACAAGGACAGCAGAUCACAGUGUGUAAUCUUCUCCCUACAGCGCAUGUCAGGCCCCACGUUGAUGGCUGCCCUAACCACGGCCGCUGCAGGUGCCUUUAUGAUCCCGUCGUCUGUACUAGCCUACAUACAGAUUGGAGUGUUCCUAGUGCUGGUGAUGGUGGUCAGCUGGGGCUAUUCCACAUUCUUCCUCAUGUGCCUCCUCGCGCUGGCCGGACCACAGAGCAACUUCGGUCAGCUGCAUUAUCCCAAUAUGCGAGGGUUGUGCAAGAAGCGGUCAGAUGGCAGCCGCCCGGACAGUGACAAGACUGUUUACAUUAAUGUGUUGUCGGAAGCCUCGCUGUCAACGUCGUCCACCAUGUGCGCUCUGCAUUUAUCCACCAAUGAGACCCACGAGCUUGAUGCACUCACGAGGCACAGUUGCAGAUGUAACAGGUACAGUCGCAGAUCACGGCGGUCUGGCAGUUUGUCGCAGCCAAGCAGUCGCAAGGUGUCACUACCAGCAGAACAGAGUCCGUCGGCUACCUCGGCCACAACCAUCAUACAUGACGAUGACCUUGACCUGCCUCAGUCAUGCAAUCAUGUGUCCUAGACGACAGGCUGAAGACUGAUGGGACUUCUUGCGACCAGUGUCUGGUGCUGAGACAUCUCCUGUUCCGAUGUCAAAACAACACGGUGUCUGCAUUGCGACACAUGUUGAUGUUGUAUUUGCAUCGAGACGUCUUAAGGUAUUUGAGACAAGGAUUCGUAGCGAUGCAACCCAGCAUCAUUGAGACAUUACGAUGUCUGGCGUCGGAAUUACGACGCCCACCAUACAUUGCUCAUCUAUAUUUUAGGAUAUAAAGAUAUCAUCUGUAAUUCUGUGAUCUGUGUGCUAUUAGCUAUCGUUAGAACUUGCUCAAUUCAUUCUUCCAUUUCUGAGCCACUCUGAUUGGUGACGAUUGAGCUAUAGUCCUCGCCACCCUAAGUUGAGGCAACCAAAGGCCGCA